AUGGUGUUCAAGUGUUGAAGUAAAUUGUUUGGCCGAUUUUCAGAGAACAUGUGUCCACAAGAGGACUACAUUUAUCCUUCAUGAUUCUCUGCUGGACGCCACAUAAUACGUGGCAUAAUUACCUCGCUGGUCGAGUCUUCAAAUUAUGCUUCAAAGAUCAUAAUCAUCAGUCAACGGUUGGCCAGUGUAAAAUUGGCGGGUUAAUUGUGACGUCAAUUUGUAAUCGCGUCAAUUGGUUUGUCGAUGAGCCCCAAUUUCACCGAAUUUACGUCAUAGAAGGACGUACUAUUACUCGAAGUAAAAUUUAUUCAUUCGUAAUUCGCAUAUGCAUUAGUUGCUUUACAAUCUUCCAUUCGACCAAUGGAAUCAUAUUAGGAAAUACCCAAAUACGCAACAGCGACUUUAAUCAAUUCAAAAACCAAAUGACCCAACUAAUUGACCUGUAUAAUAACCGUUCAAAUUUGUGCUCUCUGUAAUUGAUAAAGGUCAGUGUCAAUAAUACAACUGCAUAACUAUGUUAUUCAGAAGAUUACUGAAUUAUAUCACAAAAUUGGCGAUAUCGAUCAAGCACCGAUCAAGAAUUUGUAUAAUUUUUUGAAAAAUCAUCCCGGAAUAUUUAAGUUCCAAACGCUGACAGCUUUACAUGCUGAUCCAUUGAACUACGAUGUCACCGUUAUCGAAGCAGUAUACCUCGGUUGAUUCGUAAUAAAUUAUCUAAAAACAUAAUUCGACAAAAAUGAACGCAAAAGGAAUAUGUUAGCGGUAGAAUUGGAAGAUACUCUUGCGGCGACAGCUUCGAUAUCGACGGUUAUACAAUUUUUAUCCGGCAUAUUGGUGUGUCGAGAAUUUGUCAGCCAUGGAACAACGGGUGAAGCAUCAGCACUACCCUUUAUUACCUGUUACAUGUCAUGUAGUAUGUGGCUAUUGUAUGGCAUACUGAUCAAAGAUUCAUUGAUAAUUGUAGUGAAUAUAUUCGGAGUUUCACUCCAGCUAUGCUACACAAUUACAUUUAUACUGUUCAGUAUAAGGAAAUCUUUGCCAUUGAAGCAGCUCAUGGCUGCUGUAAUAUUUGUUGCAUUGGCUUACACAUACGGUUUGAGGGAAGCUGAUGGAGAAUUAGCAAGGCAAAGAAUUGGAUUACUCAGUUGCAGUUUGACAAUUAUGUUUUUUGCGUCGCCUUUGACUAUGCUAAGGCACGUUAUACGAGUACAGAAUGCAGCAACCUUGCCAUUUCCAAUAAUAUUGAUGUCAUUGAUUGUAUGUUUCCAAUGGGUACUCUAUGGCUAUGUGUUAGAUGAUGCUUUCAUAAAAAUUCCAAAUUUAUUGGGGUGCAUUUUGAGUGCUUUUCAACUUUCACUAUUCAUAAUAUACCCCAGUAAACAUCAAGACCAAGUACGACUGAUGUGAUUGUAAGUCAACCCAGAAAGCUUUCAUUUGCAUUCUUUGAUGACCAAAAUGAUCAAAUCAUGAGGGGACAACUGAAGAAUGUCCAGCAAAAUUGUUUUUUAUUGUCUCUCUGUAUCAUGUUCUCUGUGUGGAAUGAAUCGAUAUGCCAAACUUGA